GUUAAGUUAGUCGCUAGGUGACACUCUUCCGAGCAGAAAUGAGCGCUUGGCCGCCUUGCACUUAACCAGUCACGCCUCAGCCCGCGCCGCUUGCUCUCCUCGUCGCACUGCGUUUUAGUGAAACCGCGGGUGUAAUGGCUUGAGAAUUAAUGGCGCAAAUUUGCCAGAGGUUUGCUUUGCUGUCCGUCGUGCUGCUGGCGAACUGGCUGCGAAAUGGACCCGAUCUUUGUCACGCGGCCGCCGCCGCCGAUCUCGCCUCGUUCUUCGGCAGCAGCUACAUCUCGGUGCCUCUGCAGGACUCGCGCAGCACCACCGAGCUGGUGCUCCGCUUCCGAACCAAGCGCCCGGACGCCCUCCUCUUUCUGGCCGCCGGCAGGACCGACUAUUUUCUGGUCCGGCUCGAGGCCGGAAAGUUGAAGGUGCACGUGAACCUGGGAGCCGGCGAGUCGGAAAUUAAGUUGGCGAAGGGGCUGCGGCUGGAUGAUUUGUCGUGGCACGAGGUGUUCAUAACAAGAAAAGACGCCGACAUGACCGUCCAGGUGGAUAUGAUCCACGUGACCAGGGAGGAGCUCCCCGGGCGCUUCUACGAGCUCAACAUCCAUUACGGGCUGUUCGUGGGCGGCCAGGGCGAUUUUUCAGAGAUUUUCCUCGGCCACUUGGACAACGUGCGCGGAUGCAUGGCCGACGUCCACUUCAACGGCAUCAACGUGCUGGCGAGGGCGCGCGAAAGAAUCGGCGGCGUCGAAGUGCACGGCGUGACGUGGUCGUGCGCCGAGGAGUUCAAUGCGGGCUACGAGCGCGACAUCAGCUUUGUUGAGGAGGACGCGUUCGUCGCCCUGCCCAACACCAUCACGAGGACGGGCGCCAGGUGGCAGUUUGAUUUAAAGACCGGCUCGAAGCGGGGCAUCCUGCUGUACAACACGGGCCUCACCUCGCGCUCCGACUACAUGGGCGUCGAGCUCGAGGGCGGAAAACUGCGUCUGCUGCUGGACAAAGGCGACGGUCCGGCCGAGCUGCGCAGCGACUCGGUCGUCUCGGACGGCCGCUGGCACCGCGUCGUCGUCCACUUCAACCCCACCUACCUGGAAAUCAGCGUCGACGGCAAGACGGCCUCCAUGCGGCUCAGCCUCAGCGGCAAACAAUACCUCGACCUCGGGGACUACGUUUUCCUCGGAGGCAUCGAAAUCAACAAAAGGGCCCGCGCCACUGCUCAGAGCUUCCGCGCCGCCGAGGAUAGUCUCAAGGGCUGCAUGAGGAAUAUAGAGAUUGAUGGCAAAAAGACGGGAAUCCCAGAGGCCAAAGUGACACUCGGCAUCCUGCCUGACUGCGUGUGGGACUUCCCGUGUGCCAAAGAGGAGCCGUGCGUCGGGGGCGCGCGUUGUUAUCAGCACGGGGUCGACUCGUUCCGGUGCGAGUGCGAACAAGCCCUGUGCGUGAAACCGGACUACGUGUCUGGAUACAAAAUCUUCAGCAAAGGCUCGCUUCCCGUUGACCUGGAAAUCGUGUCGCUCAACACGCUGAGCGUCAACGAGGGCGAGCACGCGCUUCUCACCCCUGCCAAUCUCGACGUGGUGCUCGAUUACCCCAAGUUCGGGGUGCGCGACUCGGGCGUCAUUUUCCGGGUCGUGGUCGAACCCAAGCACGGCAGCGUGCAGGUCGAGCAGGCGCGGCCCCGCGGCGAGACGCAGGUCUUCACCCUUUUGGACUUGAGCAAGGACAAGGUGCGCUACGUGCACGACGGCAACGAGAACCACCUCGACCUCAUCGAACUCGAGCUCGAGUUGAACCCUGGCGCAGGGUUCACUUUGCCGGGCUACCUUCAGGGCAGACACAGAUUUGUCCUGCCCGUGAAUGUCACCGCCGUCGACGACCGACCUUUGCUCGCCAUUCCUUCGGGAAAAGUCCUCAAACUUGCUCAGGAAACAAAAAAGGUGAUUCCGUCGGAUUUCCUGCAAACUGUGGACCCCGACACGCCGAGUUCGGAACUGGUUUACACGAUCGUCAAUAUAAACAGCCAGUCGCAUAUUGAACUGAGGCGCAAUCCAGGCCAAGGGAUAGUCAAUUUUUCGCAAAAAGACGUGGAUGAAGGCAACGUUUUAUUCGUGCACACCGGCGACGCUGGCUCGAGUCGAGUCGCACUCCAAGUCUCGGAUGGCAUUUUAACCAGUCCCGUCGCAGUGCUCAGCGUCGUCGCCUUUGCCCUUCAACUACGACUAGUCAACAACACUGGUCUGGUGAUGACGCACAACUCAUCGACGCUGAUCAUGCCGAAAAACCUGGCCUUUGUGACGAACGCCGACGACCCCGAGUCAAUAGAGAUCAAAUUCGAGAUUGUGUCGGCCCCGCAGUUCGGGGUGUUGAAGCGGCUGCGGAACAGCGAGUGGCAGCCGGUGCAGCACUUUACCAGCCUGCAGUUAGCACGGGAGCAAAUCAGAUAUCAGCACACUUCGGCCAACCCCACACACGACGAAUUUAAGUUUCAAGCGUCGGCGGGAAACUCAAAAAGCUCAACUACUUACGACUUCCGAAUCAUUUUCGUCGAGCUGCGUCUCGACUCUGUUCAUGUCGAGGAGAUCACUCUGGAUGGCGUGCAAGAGGGCACCAUCAGGUCGACUCAUUUGCUCUAUGACACUGUGCCUAAGGCCUCACGCAGCGAGGACAUCGUUUAUCAUGUUGCGCACACCGCGAGAUUCGGCCACCUCAUCCUUAGCGAAAAUAACUCGGAGAGUUAUGUGCAGGAUAGAGGCACUUUUACCCAACAUGACAUCAAUAGCGGCAAGCUUAGAUACGCACUGAAGCGCCGAGCCUAUUCUCGCAUUCACGACGAGUUCACCUUUCGCGUUUCCUCCAAGUCUGUAAACAACGGCGAGCCUGGAACCGAUUUGAUCACCUUUUCGUUGGUGCACAUUCCGGGGCCGACGUCUGACCCGCUCAGAGUGACCCUCGAACCUGUUGAGGUCUCCGAGGGCGGGCAAGUGGUCGUUUCCCUGAGUCAUUUGAACCUCGCCAUGGCGCGCAUUUCCAUGAUGUCGUACAACUUGACGCGAGGCCCUCGCCACGGCCGCAUCGACGUGCUGAAAAAUGCAAGUUCGAUGGUCGCGCGCCACAACGCGACGUUCUUCGAUUCGCGUGAAAUCGCCGCCGAGAGGGUCAUUUACAUCCACGACGACUCGGAGACGCGCAAAGACUCGAUUCAUUUUUUAGCGUUCGCGCCCGACUUCCAGUACCUGGGGACGUUGCAUUUCAACGUCGUCUUGAAGAAUGACAAUAAGCCUGUGCGCACGAUUGACCGCGUCUUUCGCGUGGUCAAAGGAGGGGAGCGCAUUCUCACGGGCAACGAUCUGCGAUACGAGGAUCUGGACAUCGACACAAAACCAGAGGAUAUUUUUUAUCAAAGGAGGGGCAUUCCGAACGGAGGUCUCUACUCUGCUGCCGAGCCGAAAACUCCCGUUUUCCAAUUCACACAGGCCGAUUUAGAUGCAGGCCGCAUUCUUUUCCGGCACGACGGUGGAGAGGAGUUGGGCAAAGUGACUUUACAUAUCAACGACGGUGACUCGGACACAAUUGGCGAGCUGGAGUUCCGAGCCUCAGCGCCUUACAUCGAAAUCGCAAACAACAGCGGACUUAUCGUGCAAAAAGCGGUGGCCGCUCCUCUCAACCCCGCCAAUCUGAGCAUAGAAACGAACGUGAACGCCAAAGCCGAGGAAAUCAGAUACACCGUGCAGGAGCCUCCAAGCCACGGCCGUCUCGAGUUGGACGGCGAAGAGUCUAAAACAUUCACGCAACUCAACGUCGAGCAGGGAAAUGUGGUGUACAAGCACGACGGCGGGAAAGCGCUGAAAGACCAUUUCAGAUUCAGAGUCGACGCCAAGGAACAAGCCUUCGCCGAGGGGCGCUUUGAAUUUAAAAUAUUCCCGGCAGUCUAUUGGGAACCGCUUUCAUUCACUGUGAACAAGACUCUGCACGUCGAGGAGUCCACCAGCGUACCCCUGGGACCUUCUGUUUUAAAGGUUGAGCACUCACUAAUUCCACCAUCCGACGUGACUUUUAUCGUGCAAGAGGAGCCGAAAUUCGGCUACCUGGAAAUCGAGUCUGUGGCGUCCUCGACGCAGUCCAGCUUGUCCACCGAGGAAUCUGUUCCCUCCUCCACGCAAGUCGCCAACGUCGAGGUUAAUAUUUUUGAUCAGGCGUUGAUCGACUCGGGAAGGCUCCACUACGUUCAAGCCUCAUCAAAUGCAACAAAGGACCACAUCGUCGUCGACGUCACUAAUGGAAUUUGGUCGGUGCAAGGCUUGUGGUUGAAAAUUGUGGUUGUGCCGAAGCAUAUCUACGUGCAGGGUAGCGAGUUGAGUGUCGUCGAAGGAGGAGCCGUGGCGCUGACAAAGACCCACAUCACCGUUUUGACUGACUAUUAUAUCACCAAAAUUAACGAGUUUAAAGUUACAAAAUUGCCCAAGGCUGGACAGUUGCUGUUGAUGAAGGAGGAAGGGAAGGCGUCCAGCAUCAAAAAGUUCAGCAUGAAGCAACUUGAAACAGGACAUGUUCAGUAUCAACACAAUGGUUCUGAGAAAUUGGAGGACCAGUUCACGAUUGUCGCUCGCGUGGCUGGGACUGAUAAGGAUUCGUUGCCGGCCGUAAUUAGGGUAACAGUGCAACCCUUGGACGACGAGAAACCCAAGCUCGUCAAUAACACCGGUUUGAAACUGUACGAAGGCGCCGUGAUUGCCAUCAAACACGAGCAAUUAGGUGCCGUGGACGUCGACUCUCCCGUCGAGAAUAUCACAUUUGUGGUUUCAGCACCACGAGGCGGAUUUCUCUCCUUACGCCAUGCACCCCGGAACCCCAUUGAGCGGUUUUCGCAAGCACAACUUCUGGCUAAGCACGUUCUCUUUGUUCACACUGGUGGACUGGAGAACGUCGGAUUUCACGUUUCGCUGACCGAUGGCGUGAAUGCCGACCCUGGCCAGCAUUUGGUAAACGUCACCGUCAAGAAGCUGCAACUCAAGUUGGUGCGAAACGCGCGGCUGCACGUUUUCCCGAUGCUGCGCCAGGGCAUCGGAGCCAAGCACCUCUUGACGCUGUCGUCGGACCCGAAUCCUCCUCAACGCCACAUCACUUACACAAUCAAAAGCGCGCCGACCUUGGGAAGGAUUGUUCUGGAGACGGCAAAGGGCAGAGUGUUACGCGUCAUGUCUUUCUCGCAACGAGACGUCAACGAGAGCCGGGUCUGGUACGAGCACACAAAGGCCUUCACCGAGCUGGCUGCCAACGACUCGUUUCUGUUUGAUGUGACAACAGACUUUGCCGACCAUCUCACUGCGCAAUUAUUCAACAUUGACAUCUCCGUGUCAUCCAUGACCUCUGACGGUUUGGAGAGAUUCCUGAAGCUGGAGCCGAUCGUCGUGGACGAGGGUGGUGCCGCGUCAAUCAAAGUGAACAUGUCUGGCGUCGCGCAUUUCCUGAAAUCGCACAGCGGCGCGUGGACCAACGCUCCGGCCGUGAUGAUGCUGAUGACUGGCGCGCCUGCCAAUGGUGAGGUGCUGCUCCAGGGCGGCCACCUCGCCGAAGUGGGCACCACUUUCUCCCAAAAGCAGCUCGACACCAACCACGUCAUCUACCAGCACGACCACUCGGACACCGAAUCGGACGAAAUCCUCUUUUCGCUCGUGCUGCAAACUGCAGAUAAAGAGCAGGAGCCGAUUCUGCUGUACAACGGCACCAUCCCGGUCACCAUCCGCCCUAUCAACGACCAACCCUUCUCUCUGCGCACCAACUCGCCCAACAUGACCGUCGUCCAAGGCCAGCGAAAGCAACUGACCACCGAUGACCUCUUCACCGUCGAUCCAGACACCCCCGCCAAGGAAAUCACCUAUGACAUCAUCAACGAGCCGAAACAGGGUCAGCUGCUCAUGAUCUACAAGGAGGACCGCAACGGCACCAUCUUCGAGCACUCGCAAAAGGCGGGCAAAUUCUCUCAGGACGACAUCAACCAUGGCCACAUCUUCUACGAGCACUCGGGCCCGUUGCAGCCGACCAGCUUCUACUUCCGAGUCUCCGACGGCCACUUCAACCCUAUCUACACCGUUUUCAACAUCCACGUGCUUCCGCUGAACCUGUCUGUCAAGUCAUCGCAGGCCAUCGCCGUUCCGCAGGGCUCGAGCGUGUCCUUCAUCACUUCGGACAGCAUCGACGCGCAGACCGACGGCAGCAGGGCGCUCGUGCGGUACAACGUGACCUCGGCGCCCCGGCACGGCAAAUUGUACCUGCGGGAUGUGGCGACGUCGACCUUUGGUCAGUCUGACGUUGACCAGCGCCAACUCAUGUACAUGCAGACCGACAUGACUACCUCGAGCGACACCUUUGUGAUAUCGGCCUGGUUCCCCGGCACCGACGUGCAUUCGGCCCCUGGCCAGGUCAACGUGACCGUCGAGCCGUUGCUCGUGCGCUCAAGAAACGUCAACGCCGUUGUUGGCGCCAAAAACCGGCUGGGCCUGGACGUGAUGGACGCCAGCUCGCUCGCCGUCCUCACCAACAGCAACCCGGUCUACGAAAUAGCCAAGAAGCCCAAACUGGGCCGCAUCAAGAAGAUCAUCCGCGUGCUGGGCCACAACGGCCAGGGCUCGGAACGCGAAAAGGAUGUGAUUCGGUUCACCCACGAGGAAAUCAAAAGCGGCGUCAUUUACUACGUGGCCAAGAAGGGCGUCGACCAGACCGAGGACUCGGUCACUCUAAUCCUGGCCGCCUCCAUUUUCCAACCGGCCGUCGUCGAGUUGAAGAUCAAUUUGAGACACGAGAAAAUCGACCAUUCGAGCUCAAACAUCCACUCGUCGGUGAGUCCGCCUCGCAGGGGCGGCACCAGUCUGAACAACAACAGGGACCUGGAGAACGUCGUCAGUCCAAACAUCAACCCGGACUACGUGCUCUUCUUCUGGUUGAUCAUCGGCAUUGUUGCUCUGGCCGUCCUGAUCGUGGUCACGGUUCAGUGCAGGAACCGUCGCCGACGGUGCACCGACAAAACUUCAACCGCGGCCAAGGGCAAGGAAUACGCCUUCGGCAGCGCCAACGGCGCCUCCGAACUGAUCGACACGGCGCCCACCCUGCCGAGGCCGCCGGAAAACAUGCUGCCGCUGUCGCCGCGGCCGAACCGGAGCAACAGGUUCAUCAACGGCUCCAUCCACUACAGCGACAGCAGCGACAGUUGGCGCGCCGUGUCGCCGAUCCCGGUGCCGAUUCCCCAAUGCAAGGUGAUCCCGCUGGACGGCACCACCCUCAUCACCGAGCCGAACCUGCCGACGUCCGAUUCCGAGGCCGACAUCAACGUCCGGUACCCGUACGGAGCGGCCGACGAGCCCAAAACAGAAGACUGGAGUAGUUUCGACACUCACGUAGAACUGCCAAAUCCCAAGAGUAGCAACCUGAUGCUACGCAGGAACCAGUAUUGGGUGUAAGGAAAUUAAAGUUAGUACGGCGGACGGCGCGGCGAAAUUGUUUCAAUACUCACGGGCUGAUUGAAAUUCGUGAGGUAGGAUUGGAAAAAUUUGAAGAGGUCAAUACAAAAAUUUGCUCAAAACCCCCUCAUGCAAGUAGCCUAAAUUAUUCUGACGGCACAAAAAUUCAAAACCAAAUUGUGCCAGAAACAAAGCACCAAUUUACGCCACUUUGAAUAGAAUUAAUUGCAAGGUCGUCAAAAGCUAGUGAGCUGAAUCGAUUUCCGGGAUUCGUAAUAAUCAAUAUUUAAUGCGGAAAGUUUUUCCAGGUGCCAUUUUUCCCUGAUCCAAAGUUAUGAAAGUUUUAUGUUAUUGUUGGUACAAAUUAUACAAACUCACUGGAAGAAAAUUGACACCUGUGUAAUUGUUAGGUAGAAAUUUACAAAUCGCAUUAAUUAUUUCAAAUUUUCAACUGUCUGGAAAUCGAUUCAGGAGAGAUUUGGAAUUUUCUUUUUCUUUUACUUUUUAUGAAGAUUGAUUAAUUUUCCUUUCAAUCCAGUUCUAACUUAUGAAUUUCAAUUUCGCCCUCAAACAAACGGAAGUUUUUGUCAAAAUAAGUGUUGGGUCGCUUCGGACGAUAUUUGACCUCUGAGCCAUCGAGUGACACGCCGCGCGGCCACUUCGAACCACUCCUUUGAAUGUGAUUUAUGCUAUUUUUGUAUGAGAACUACUACUGUGGUGUGCCAGCCAGCAGCGCGUAAAAAUAUAAUAUAUGUAUAAGCGAAUCUUGAUCGAUUUUCUACGUUCGUAGCUUUGUGAGAAAUACAGUGUAGAGAGCAGCAGUUUGCGCUGAAUAAGCAGGAAAGAAAGAAGAGAGAGACGGACACGAUGACACGUAUAUAGCAUUUCGUUUUUUGAAUAUAUUAAAAAAAGAAUACAUUAUAUGCUUUUUGCUCAAGUUUUUGACAGUUAUUAAUAAUAAAUUUAUCAAGUCUGCUGCAUGUUUUUUACGAUAAUGAUAAAAAUAUAACUUUCUUGUUGUAAGUUUGUAAGAAGUUUUCAGAUAUUUUCAAAAUGUGAAUUGUUAAGUGAAUCAAAAACGGAAAACUAUUACAAAAAAGUAUGUAUUACAAAAAAAACAUGUAUAGUACGUUGAAGCUCAGUCAUUUUGGCUCUCUUGUCAAACUCAAAAGAAAAAAAAGUUGGCGCUUUUAAUGGCGUAAAAUGUACGUUUCUCGUUUAGAUGAAUGAAUUAAAAAAAAAAGAAAACGUGUAAACCGAUUAAAGUGCAGAAUAAAUUUUUCAUGAA